AUGGUCUGGGGCAGUAUGUCAUCAAAAGGAGUAGGAAAACUUCAUUUUAUUGAUGGAAAUGUGGAUACAAACAAAUAUUUGGCAAUUUUAGAAGAAUCGCUUUUACCAGUGAUGGAAGAAUGUUUGACAUCCGGCCAAGAUUUUUUGUUUCAGCAAGAUGGUGCAGCGUGCCAUACCUCAAAAAAGGCUAUAAAAUGGAUGGAAGAAAAUAAUGUACCACUUUUGAAAUGGGUUUCUAGCAGUCCAGAUCUAUCACCUAUUGAAACUUUGUGGCACGAGAUGAAAAAGAAUUUCGGCCGUAAUAAAAAAUAA